AUGUCCGACUCACCUACACCCCUGCGCCGAGAGCGCGCGCCAACUAUCACCAUUGAUACAUCCGCCGUGAAUUCCCCAGAGACCUCAAAUCCUCCAGUGCUAUCCGACAACUCGGUCUCGCCAUUCGCCGAUACUCAUGACAAUGGCGCUUCGCCCACAGAGAUACGGUCGACCGGCUCCAUACGCUCUAACGGCUCCUCCGAGGCCCGAGACAGGGAGGAUCGACCCUUAUCACCACACAACGUCUCUUCGCCCACCAAAGUCCCCGAGACGCAUUCGAAUUUCCUCUCCGUCCCCGGAACUCGGUCCCGAGGCAACUCCCUAGAGUCGGAGGAUACCAGCCAAACAUCUUCCACGUACGGUGGCGAGACCUAUGUGACCUCAGCAUCGCACGGAUCCAGAUCCGACCUGACCAAAAAUGUCUUUGUGGACGACGAGGAGGCCCUGACUCCGGAUCCUGGUCGCGAAUCGGAGUUUGAGGUUGAGGAUAACAAGUUCGCCUUCUCGCCGGGCCAGCUCAACAAGCUGCUCAACCCGAAGAGCUUCGGGGCAUUCCGUGCGCUGGGUGGCUUGCGAGGUCUGGAAAAGGGUCUUCGGACCAAUGUCCGAAGUGGAUUAAGUGUGGAUGAGAACGUUCUCGAUGGGACUGUCGGCUUUGACGAUGCAGUGAACACGACUAGUAUACCCAAAUCUGUAUCCCCGGCCCCCUCGCCGACUACCGAGGGCUCUCUCAAAGAACCCCAUGACGACUUCACCGAUCGCCGACGAGUCUACGGCGAUAACAAACUUCCAGAAAGGAAGUUGAAGACUAUCUGGGAGCUCGCUUGGAUCGCAUACAAUGAUAAAGUGUUGAUUCUGUUGACUGUGGCGGCUGUCAUUUCCCUCGCUGUCGGAAUUCCCCAAUCGCUUCAUCCAGCGAAUCCAGAUGAGCCAGGAGUCGAAUGGGUCGAAGGAUUGGCAAUUUUGGUGGCCAUCAUCAUCGUUGUUACUGUGGGUGCAGCGAAUGACUGGCAAAAGGAACGGCAAUUCGCGAAACUGAACAAAAAGAAAGAGAACCGACAAGUGAAAGUGAAGCGAUCCGGUCGCACAGAGGAGAUCAAUAUUCACGAUGUUUUGGUCGGCGAUGUCAUGCUUUUGGAACCCGGUGACUUGGUCCCAGUCGAUGGAAUCUUGAUCGAAGGUCACGACCUCAAGUGCGACGAAUCCUCAGCAACUGGCGAGUCUGAUGUUCUCCGGAAGACUCCUGGCGACGAGGUUUAUCGCACAAUCGAACAACAGGAAGAUUUGAAGAAGAUGGAUCCUUUCAUUAUCUCCGGCGCCAAGGUCUCUGAGGGCGUUGGCACUUUCUUGGUUACCGCUACUGGUAUGCACGCUACAUUUGGUCGCACCAUGAUGUCUCUCCAGGAGGAGGGUGAAACGACACCCUUGCAAACCAAACUUAAUGUAUUGGCCGAGUACAUUGCGAAGCUCGGUCUUGCCUCUGGCUUGUUGCUAUUUGUGGUUCUGUUCAUCAAGUUCCUUGCUCGCCUUCACAAUAUCGAAGGUGGUGCAGACGCCAAGGGACAGGAUUUCCUGCAAAUUUUCAUUGUUGCUGUUACUAUCGUUGUCGUCGCAGUGCCUGAGGGUCUGCCGCUGGCCGUCACACUUGCUCUCGCCUUUGCAACGACACGAAUGAUCAAAGAUAACAAUCUCGUUCGGUACCUGAAAGCUUGCGAAACCAUGGGAAAUGCCACUACGAUUUGUUCCGACAAGACUGGAACAUUAACGGAGAAUAAAAUGACUGCGGUAGCUGCGACGCUAGGUACAACUUCGCGCUUCGGAAAAUACUCUGGUGUAUCGGCCGACGACCAAACCGAAAUACCCCCUUCCGAAUUCGUCUCUACGCUCUCGCCAUCUGUGAAAGAUCUCUUGCUUCAAUCGAUUGUCUUCAACUCCACUGCAUUCGAAGGGGAAUCCGAUGGUGUCAAGACAUACAUUGGAUCCAAGACAGAGACCGCUCUCUUGACGUUCGCCCGGGACCACCUCGGAAUGGGACCCCUGAGCGAAGCCAAGGCCAACGGUGAACUCGCGCAGAUGUAUCCAUUUGAUUCUGGACGCAAAUGCAUGGCAGUCGUUCUCAAGCUGGAGAAUGGAAAGUACCGAAUGCUCGUCAAGGGUGCUGCGGAGAUUCUAGUUUCAAAGUCUACACGCAUCAUCCGUGAUCCCACGGGUGAGCUAUCCGAGGCUCCUCUCUCCGAUGAAAACAGAAGCUCUCUGGACACCAUCAUGGUCAACUACGCAUCCCGCUCUCUUCGCUGCAUCGCCCUCAGCUACCGUGACUUUGAGCAAUGGCCACCACGAGGCGCCCCGAUCUCGGAAACCGAUCGCAACCAGGCAGUCUUCGAACCAAUUUUCAAGGACAUGACAAUGUUGGGUAUCUACGGUAUCCAGGAUCCGGUGAGAGCUGGUGUUGCCGAGGCGGUCUACGCUUGUCAACGCGCUGGAGUUUUCGUGCGCAUGGUGACUGGUGAUAACAUCAACACUGCCAAGGCUAUUGCCCAGGAGUGUGGUAUUUACACACCCGGUGGUAUCGCCAUCGAAGGUCCCAAGUUCCGCAAGCUGAGUUCCCGUCAAAUGAAUCAAAUCAUUCCCAGACUUCAGGUCAUCGCGCGGUCCAGCCCCGAUGACAAGAAGAUUUUGGUGAACCAGUUGAAGAAGCUUGGCGAGACUGUUGCCGUUACUGGAGAUGGUACCAACGAUGCUCAGGCCCUGAAGAAUGCCGAUGUUGGUUUUGCUAUGGGUAUUGCUGGUACCGAGGUUGCCAAGGAGGCAUCUGAUAUUAUUCUUAUGGAUGACAACUUCUCGUCUAUUGUCAAGGCUAUGGCAUGGGGUCGUACCGUCUGCGAUGCCGUGAAGAAGUUCCUUCAAUUCCAAAUCACUGUCAACAUUACCGCUGUCGUUCUUACCUUUGUCUCUGCUGUUGCCAGCGAUGAUGAGGACUCUGUCCUCAGUGCCGUCCAGCUGCUGUGGGUCAACCUGAUCAUGGAUACCUUCGCCGCUCUCGCCUUGGCCACCGAUCCUCCUACGCAUACUGUGCUCGACCGCAGACCCGAAUCAAAAUCCGAUCCGCUCAUUACAUUGACCAUGUGGAAGAUGAUUAUUGGACAAUCUAUCUAUCAGCUCGUCGUCACUUUUGUUCUGAACUUCGCUGGGAACAAGAUCUUCACCUGGGAUCAUGAACACAUGCAAACUGUGGUUUUCAACACCUUCGUCUUCAUGCAGAUCUUCAACCAGUACAAUUCCCGUCGUAUUGACAACAAGCUCAAUAUCAUGGAGGGAAUCUGGAGAAACAAGUGGUUCAUUGGUAUUCAGCUCAUUAUUAUCGGAGGCCAAGUCCUGAUCAUCUUUGUCGGUGGUGCUGCUUUCUCUGUCAAGCGCCUUGACCAGGGCUCCCAAUGGGCUGUCAGUCUUGUUCUCGGAGCGAUCUCAGUCCCAAUUGCCGUGAUCAUUCGCUUGAUCCCCGACGAAUUCGUCAGCAGACUUAUUCCAAACUUCUGGUCACGCGAAAAGAGCCCUGAGCUCGUCAUCUCCGACGAAGACCGCAACUACGAAUGGAACCCGGCCCUCGAAGAGAUCCGCGACCAACUCGCUUUCAUCAAGCGCGUUCGCGGCGGCCGCCUCCGUCACAUCCGCCACAAGCUCCAGCACCCACAAGAACUCCUCCCCCGAUCCCGCAGCGGCUCUCGUUCCCGCGAUUCCUCCUCCCCACCGACACCAAACGAGGAGAACGAAAAUAGCGACAGCCCAACUCCCCAACCCAUGACCCCAGAGUCCCGCUCCCGACGCAACACACGCUCCCGCUCAAACUCGGCCUUCGGUCCUGCCGCUGCAAUGGCAGGAAUCGUCGCCGGCAGUAUUGCCGGUUGGUCUCCUAUCGAGCGCGGCCACGGUGAAGCAGACUCAAUCACAUUCCCUACAACCGGCGGGCCCUACAGUGGCUUAGAUCGCGAGCAAGGCAUCGAAGUCCACCCUGACACCGCGGCCGACGAGCGUAUCUUGAGCGAUUAUUCCGCAAAUUCCAAGACGCCGCCGAGUCAGAACCCGGAUCUCAUUCCGUUCUUCGAACAUGCGCCUUCUGAGCGCGCGCCCUCUAGUCGUGGUCGUCGCUCUUUGUCGCAGCGCUCGAGAUCAAGUCUCAGCCAGUCCCACGUCUAA